UCGAGCUUUUAAACCUUAUCAACAGUACUUUUGGGAUUGGUCCCACAAAAGAUCAUGAUUGAGCUCGACAACUAACAAAAGGGGGCAGCAGAUACAGAAAGACUAUGGAGAUGAGUGGUUCUAGUUCUUCUUCCAAGUCACAGCUGCUCAAAAUUGGUCUUAAAUUUGGGGAAGAAAUCUACUUUGAGGAUGUGGGUGUUGGAGCUGAGACCAAAUCCCAAGGUGGGUUGUCUCCGGUGGGAAGCGGCGGCGACGGUGGAGGUGGUGGAGGGCCACCGAAGAAAGGAAGAACUGGUAGCAGCGGUGGUCAGGUGGGUUUGGGACAGGGUCAGCAACCACCUAGGUGUCAGGUGGAAGGGUGUAAUCUGGAUCUGAGUGAUGCUAAAACAUACUAUUCAAGGCACAAAGUGUGUGGUGUUCACUCCAAAACAGCUAAGGUCAUUGUUAAUGGCCUUGAGCAGAGGUUCUGCCAGCAGUGCAGCAGGUUCCAUCAACUACCGGAGUUUGAUCAGGGGAAAAGAAGCUGCCGCAGGCGCUUGGCCGGGCACAAUGAACGUCGGAGGAAGCCAACAUCUGGAUCUCUACUAUCCACUCGCUAUGGAAGUCUUCCCUCCUCUAUCUUUGAAAACAAUGGCAAUGGUGGAAGCUUUCUGAUGGACUUUUCUUCAUGCCCAAGAGCACCACCUCGUGCUGCCAGUGUUCAGUGGCCAACCACCAGAACACCACCACGUGCCACCAAUGAUCUUCCGAUCACAACUGAAAAAUUGCCUCCACUUCCAUGGCAAAGCAGCUUGGAUAAUCCACCGCCUUACAUCAAUCCGAAUGUUCCUCCAGGAGGAUGUUUCAAUGGAGUCCAAGACUCCAACUGUGCUCUCUCUCUUCUGUCAAAUCACUCAUCAGGCUCAACCAACCAAACCUUGAGCCUUGAGUACUAUCUCAACCCUGAUGCUGGUGCACCCAUGGUUCAACCGGUUCAUGGUCACUUCUCAACCGCCAACACCACGGCUUGGGGUUACGACACCAAUGAAGCCCAUUUGGGUUUGGGUCAGAUCCCGCAGUCAGGCUACUCUGGUGAGCUUGGCCUCGGUCAACAAGGUGGAAGGCGAUACGACUCGUCUGCUGACCAUAUCGACUGGUCACUUUGAGUGGUAUGCUAAUGGUUUAAGUGCAAUCUGUUUGUUCCUUUGAAGAUAACUGCCAUUUUAUGCUGUGUUGACUUCCAAACUGAU